AUGGCUAAAUUCGUGGUGAGCUUCUUCUUUUCUGCUUUCACUUUGUUCGCAUUUUUCAUAGCGAGCUCCGUAGCGGAGGAGUUUGCGGUCGGAGGGGAGGACGGCUGGCGGCAACCGGCCGCCAACGAGGCCGAAAUCUACGUUCGGUGGGCGGCCGCCUUGAGAUUCCGAGUCGGAGAUUCUCUUCGUUUUCGGUACAAAAACGACACGGUUGUAGCCGUGGACAAGUGGGGUUACUACCACUGCAACUCGAGCCACGCGGCGGCUGUGUUCAAGAACGGUAACACGGUAAUCGAUCUGAAGCAGCCUGGCACGGUUUAUUUCAUCAGCGCCGACCCCAAUCACUGCAAAAACGGGCAACGAGUGAUGGUUGAUGUGAUGGAUCUGAAUCUUGCGGGUGGAACCCGACCCGAAGACGAGUCUCCUGCACCAUCACCAAAUUGCUCUGACUUUGUUGACCCACAACUGAUGUUUUGUUAUGUGGUCUUUCUCGUUGCUUCUAUUAAUAAUAUGUAG